AUGCGACAACACUGGCAGACCAAGCAUCAAUGGACCCAGCAGAGACGGCGCGGUCGGGUCAGGUGUGAAGAUCAAACCCAGAGCGCCGCUGAGCUCCACCGAUCAUUUCAAUGUGUUUCAUGGCAGCAGGUGUUUCCCAGUGGGCCAGGGUCCCAUUACAUUCGGAUUCGAUUUCCCGAGCGACCUAGCAAGCAACCCAGGCCCGCCCCCGCCCAUCACGCCCAGGCGGCAGUGGAUGAGGUGCUGCAGGCAUGGGAGCAGGCCCAGGCCCAGGCUAAGGCAGACCAGGCCAUCCAGGCCAGCCAGUUGACUGACGCAAACCCCUGGCUGCGGAUGACUCGGUGGGCCGAGUAUCUAUCCCACAAGGGGCGGCGACUGUACUUGACACCGAGCUAG